CUCGCAUUUGGUAUCAAUAAUUUUGUUGUGUGCUGUGGAGCUGGGCUUCGGGCCUGAGCCCAGCAUUUAUUACAUUACGGAGUCCUAUAAAACAAAGGGGGGGAAUGCCAUUCACCCCCCCGUUUCCAGGCUUCACCUGUUCCGUGGUUCAUAUUCUUCCAGAUAUGUCAAUGACGAUGGUGAAGAGCGCUUACCAACCCGCAGCAGCUCCGCCAUGGCGGAAUGUGUGUGAAAAUUCCGAGAUUUCAUCUUCUUCUUCUGAUGAUGAUGACGGUGGUAGCGAAGAAACUCGUUCUGACAGUUCUGAUGGUGAUUCAGGGCGGAUCACUGGCUGCACUCCGGCGAAGAGGAGGAAGUUGUGGUGGAAUCCGGUCACUCCUGAAGCAGAUUGUUGCCCUGAUUCCAUUGUUGAGUACUUGAACACGCCUCUGUCUAAGCGUAGGAAUUCAGGGGAGUUGAAUAUGAAGGUGAAGAAACAUCUCUCGUAUUCCGGAUGGGCCAUUGAAUCUCUGAGGACUCAAAAUGGAACUAGAAUGCGAUAUGUUUCGCCCGAUGGAAAAAUAUACAUGUCCCUCACUCAAAUUUGUCACCAGCUUAACCCUAAUGUUGAGGAAUGUGUUUCUGUUCCUGUGGCUGAUCGUACCGUGAAGCCCAACCCAAAUGUUGAGGAAUGUGUUUCUGUCCCUGUGGUCGAUCAUACGGAGAUUCCCAACCCUAAUGAUGAAGAAUGUGUUGUUUCUGUGGUGGAUUGUAUGGCGAAGCCAAAGGCAUGUCGAGAGCUUUAUGUGUCUUCUCCUAGCAAAGCCACUGUUGAAGAUUCUGAUCACGGAGAGGAUCCUCAGGCUAUUAGUGAUUAUAUGUUUUUGUGCAAAAUUAAAAGUGUAAAUCCCAAAACAAGGGCACUCAAGGCAGAAGCUAAGUUUAGAGCCAUGAAUCAUCUGGUUCACUGCAAAUGGGAGCUGUUUAAAAGCCCCAAAAAAGACAAAUUGGAAUAUCGCUACAAGGCUCCGAAUGGGAAAGUGUUUUACUCUCUUUUCACAGCUUGCGAAUGGUAUGCACGAGAAACAAAUGUCGGAGGCCUGAAGACUUUGGGAAGUGUUGUUGGAUCAAAUGGUAAAGAAAAAGAUGACGAACAAGUGGUUUUUGGAGUUGGAAAAUAUAGAAAGAAAUUGAAGUUUUGCUUGGAUGAAUCCAAGACAAGUUUAAUUAGAGAUUCUUCUCAGUCUCAAAACACAAAGGUGCAAUACAGGAAGAAGGAUGGAUCUGUGUUAAAGGACGGAAGAAUUACCAGUGAUGGAAUACUUUGUGAUUGCUGCCAGCAAGUUUAUGGACUCAGUAGCUUUGAAGCUCAUGCAGGAAGUACAAACCACAGGCCUUCGGCAUUUACAUUCUUGGAAGAUGGAAGGUCGAUAGCCGAGUGUCAAUUACAGGAAAAACAGAAUGGCAACCUUAAACACUCCAACUUUAUAGAACAUGAUAUUAUCUGUUCUGUCUGUCAUGAUGGCGGUGAAUUACUUCUUUGUGAUAAGUGUCCAUCCGCGUUUCAUACUGGUUGCCUUGGUCUAGAGGAGGUUCCACCUGGUGAUUGGUUUUGCGCAUCAUGCUGUUGUGGAAUUUGUCACCAGGGUGGAUUUCAUGAGAAUGAAAACCACCAGUUCACAGAUAAUAGUUCUCUUUGCUGUUAUCAGUGCCAAUGCCAAUAUCAUGUUGGGUGUGUUAAAAGUAGGGGUCUACUUAAGCUGGACAGCCCUCCUCCAGGAAAGUGGUUUUGCAACUACAAAUGCCAACAGAUAUUUUCAGGUCUUGUUCAACUGUCAGGAAAACCAAUUCCAGUGGAGUCAGUUAAUCUGCUAACUUGGACGUUAUUGGAUUCUGGAGAUGAUAAGAGAUAUAGCAAGCUUAGAGCUGCCCUUGAUGUGAUGCACGAGUGUUUCGAGCCCAUUAGGGAAUAUCUAACUCAGAGUGAUGUUGUUGAGGAUGUUAUUUAUAAUAAACGGAACUCUAAGCUACGCCGUUUAAAUUUUCAAGGGUUCUAUACUGCAAUCCUGGAAAGAAAUGAUGAAAUUGUUACGGUGGCUACAGUAAGGGUUCAUGGAGAAAAGGCAGCUGAGAUCCCAUUUGUUGCCACAUCGUUCAAACACCGGGGACUUGGAAUGUGUCGCAUUUUAAUGAACCAGCUAGAGAAGAAACUUUCAGAACUGGGAGUGCAGAGAAUAAUUGUGCAAGCCAUUCCUGCAGCGAAGAACACAUGGACCGGUUCGUUUGGCUUCUCGGCUAUGACAAAAGCAGAGAGGCUGAACUUGUCAGACUGCACUUUUGUCAACUUCUAUGGUACAGAUAUGUGCCAGAAGCUGUUGCGAAACGACACAUCCACAGGAUCAAAUGAGGUUGAUGGCAUUUGUCCCGUUUCACUAGCUUCGCAACCUGAAGAAAUUCAUAGCAGUGCAGGGCUUGAAGAUCAAACACGAGACGAGAUCAUUUCUUCACUGCUGGGCUUCAAAUAGGGUGACAAUGUAGAUCCUCUGCCAUUCUUUUUAUUUGCUCUAGCAAACAUUAAGGUUAGUUGUGAAUGAGCAAAUAGGCAUUUGAAUUACAGAAUGCAACAAAAUGAAUUAUGCGCAUUUAUCGAACGUGCAUGCAUCAAUUCCGUAAUGUUCAUGCCCUAAUUUUGUGCAAAUAAAUAAAUAAAUGUGAAAACUUGUG